CAACAUUCAGUAUAAGUUAGGGUAUUCGGAGCGAAUAGUAGUCAGACGAAUUUCAGCUGUGGCCAAACUUACAACAUUUUCGAAAUGGAUGAUCCAGUUUCGUACAGAAAGUCACGGUUUCUACGUGCCGAUGACCAUUCACAAAUUAUGGAGGAAUUCGCUGCCAAGUUCAAUUGGCGUGUGGAGGGCAAUGAUUCUGUAUUGGACAUUGGCUGUGCUGGUGGUAAUAACACUUGUGAAACUAUUUUACCCAAAUUACCGCCGACGUUUUCCCGAUUGGUUGCUGUCGAUAUUAACGAUAAAAUGCUCGAGUACGCUAAGAAAAACUUCAAAGUUCCGAAAGUAUUAUUUGAGAAACUAGAUAUUGGGGCUGACAUCAGCGAGUUCAUGCGUGAACACGAUCCAUUCGAUCACGUUGUGUCGUUGUUCUGUUUCCAUUUGGUUCCUGAUCAAAGAUUAGCAAUGAAAAAUGUAUAUAAUUUGCUCAACACAAAUGGUGACUGUUGCAUACAUGUCCUGGGUUAUUUUACUGGUUUCGAUGUAUACAAAAUAAUGUUUCCGAAAUGGUCUGAAUAUUUGUAUGACAUUGAUGACUAUGUAUCACCGUAUCACCAGAGGAUAAAUCCGGUGCAUAUGCUUUCAAAUCAUCUUAAGCUUGUUGGAUUCAAAGAGUACAAUGUUGAGGAAAGACGCAAAACCGUUGCCUAUCAUGAUGUUCAAACGUUUAUAGAUGCAUUCGUACCAGUCUUUCCUUUCUUCAGCCGUUUACCUCCAGAGAACCAGGCCGAAUUCCUUGACGAAUAUGUCAAACUGUCAAUGGAAGUUAAACCGGAACCAGGGGUUAUAGUGGAAAACUUUCAAGCUGGACAAAAAGUGAACAUUUAUGUUUCAUAUAUAACGUCAUUGAUAUACGCACGAAAAUAGGUUGCGAAUUCUGUUGCAGCAUGUGGUGCUAGAGAUG